AAUCCAUUAAAGGUUGAAACUUUCAGCAGGAAGAAGAGAAAGGGUAACUGGAAAAAGGACCCUGGGGCGAGGAUCGAGCUGAGUAGACCAAACAAGCCUUCCAGUCCGUCUAUCGACAGCAAUCACAACAGCAGGGCCAUAAAUUCCAAAGAUGGCGAGAUCACCAGCAAUUGUUGGCGUUGUCCUGGACACUGUCACAUUGACAACAACACCAGUUCCAUUCAGUCCUGUCAACUGGUUCAAGUUCUGCUGCCAUAUCAGGUUGCCACGAGAAGCCGUCACUGCAUAGAUGUAGCCGUUCCAGGACGGGAAGUAGACGACUCCGUCGGCUACUGCUGGAGUUGCUGAAAUGUCUCUGCCUGCAUAGAAUGUCCAUCUUAGCUUCAGGUUCUUGACUGUGAACCUGUUGAUCAGCACCUCCCCGAUCGCGCGCCUUGAAUUGGUUAUAUCAGCACCGUGAUUCAGCCACUGGAUUAAUGGUGGAUUAGUGGGUUACCUUUACUUCAUUAAACAUGGAAUGGAAGAUUUAAAUGUAUCUAAAUGUACUUACAAUGGCUGAAAUGCUGCCCAGCAUGGAAGAUAGACAGAGAAGAAGGAGAAGGAAGUGAUUGUUGGCCAUUCUUGCUCAGAUGUCCAAUCAAUUAAUGUGAACCAAAAGUGUAAGCUAGCUCAUACUGAAAGCUUAACCUUGAUGCGAUUCUCUGCC